UGUAACAACGUGUGGACUAGAGAGCUUCGGCAGGAAUUCCAACUGGCUCAUAUGCUGUAUUGUACAUAGAUGGCUAAACAAUUUGUAAAUAACAAAAUAGAAUAGCUGGCAUUAGACUCUGUAUGCCACCGCUGAACAAUGUCUCUUCAGGCUCCCGAAGAAGAAGAUCCGUUGAAGGAGAAAGGGGGAUUUUUCAUAGCGCCCGAAAGCGACUUCGAUUGGGACGACGAAGAGGACCAUGUAGAUCACCAGAGACUAAUUUUAUUAAAAGCUGAUGCGUUGGCGUCAGAAAACCGUCUUAAAGAAGCCAUCGAUUUAUUUUCUAUGGCUUUGAGGUAUGGUUCUGUACGACCAGAUCAACUCACUACCUUGGUGGAGUGCAUUCUGCGGAACUUCAAGAAAAAGGUUGAAGAGGAAACGCCUUCGGUUUUGACAAACGCUCAUCGGACAGGUGCCGGGGAUGAUAUCUUCAACUGCCCAGGAUGUCACAGAUUUCUUGGCGAACCUGUCACAGUCAUCUGUGGGCAUUCUUACUGUAGGAGAUGUUUAGAAGGUGGCAUUUUCUCUAAAUGUAAGGUGUGCAACGAGGACUUAGGGAUAAGGCCAGGACUGUUCCGAACUAAUGUGAUUCUCUACGGAGUUAUGGAAAAGUGUUUCCCCGAUGAAAUGAAAAGGUCGAAAACGAUAGCUGAGACUGAUUGUUUAAUCAGCUCGAGACAUUUUGAAGAGGGCCUUGCAUUAGCUAACAGUCUAAUAAAUACGGACCCUGGUGAUGUGCGUGUUCGUGCAUCCCGUGCUGAGGCGUUGAUGGGGCUGGGACAGCAUCCGAAGGCCCUGGAAGAACUGGACUUCUGCUUGACCUCUGCCCCGUCACCCGAGGGCUACUACCGUAAAGCCAAGGUCUUGCAAGAGAUGGGUGAGGUUGAUGAAUCACUUCAAGUCUUCCUGCACUGCCUGGCUUUGGAUGAAAGCUUCUGUCAAGCCAAGCGUGAAGUAGAACUGAUCCUCCUUAGCCUGCUGUCUCCGGCCUGUGACAAUGUGAAGGUUGGCCUGCGAGACACGGCCCAUAACACCUCCCCACAUCUGCGCAGCAAGACCCAGGUGUCGGACCUCUCCCAGGAGAAGAGCCGCCCCCAUGCUCCACCGCAGCAGCAGCAGCAGCAGCAGCAGGUCCCCUUCUCCCCCCAGCGCCAGGCACCUCUCCGGGCAGCCUCUGCUCACCCGUAUCCAGGCCCUCCUGAGAAGGCGGGUCGGUCGGAGAGUCUGGAGCGCUCAGGCCUGAGCCGAGCUCACUCGCUCCGCAACCACGGCGGGGUCGGCGAGGAGGGCCUGAAGCGUGUGUACUCCGCGCCCCAGCUGGGUGACCAGGAAAAGGCCUUGCUGCUCAAGAGGAAGUUGUCAUCGACAGGAGCCGGAUCGUCUGUUGUCUAUAGCGGACCCAACAAGCAUAAAAAGCAAGGAGUGACCGCUAGUGCUCGUGGUGGCAGAGCCUCUCCUACCUCCCACAGGAUUCUGGGCAGGGACUUGCUGGACCCCAAUGACCUUGAGUGCUCCCUCUGUAUACGAUUGUUCUAUGAGCCAGUGACGACCCCCUGCGGCCACACGUUCUGUAAAAGCUGUCUGGAGCGCUGCCUGGACCACACCCCGCAGUGCCCACUCUGCAAAGAGAGCCUGAAAGAGUAUCUUGCCGCCAGGAAAUACAACGUUGCAAGAGUCCUGGACAGUGUGAUAAAGGAGCACCUAUCAGAGGAGCACUCGGAGAGGGAGAAGGUCCACGUGGAGGAGACCAAAGAGCUGUCUGACCUGACGAAGAAUGUGCCCAUCUUUGUUUGCACCAUGGCCUAUCCCACAGUGCCUUGCCCACUGCACGUCUUCGAGCCGCGCUACCGCCUCAUGAUCCGCCGCUGCAUGGAGACGGGCACACGCCAGUUCGGCAUGUGCAUCAACGACUCCCAGAAGGGGUUUGUGGACUACGGCUGCAUGCUGUUGAUCCGGAGUGUCCACUUCCUUCCUGACGGACGGUCGGUGGUGGACACCAUCGGGGGGAAGCGCUUCCGCGUGCUCUCCCGCAGCAUGAAGGACGGAUACUGCAUUGCUGACAUACAGUACUUAGAGGACACCAAGGUGAGUGAUGGCGAGGAGCUGCUCAAGCUGCAGGAGCUGCAUGAUCAAGUGUAUGAGCAGGCCUGCACCUGGUUCCAGAACCUCAAAACCAGAUUCCGCAACCAGAUUCUACAGCACUUUGGCCCAAUGCCUGAGAGAGAAGCAGACAUCCAGGCCACUCCUAACGGGCCGGCGUGUUGUUGGUGGCUGCUGGCGGUGCUGCCCGUUGACCCGCGCUACCAGCUGUCGGUGCUGUCCAUGCCCACGCUGCGCGAGCGCCUGCUCAAGAUCCAGCACAUCCUCACCUACCUGCAGAGCAUCCCCAACGAAUAGAGCUUCCAGACGCCGCCACACACACACGCACACGCAAACACACACACACACACACACACACACACACACAUACACGCAUGCACGCACGCGAAGAGACACUUCUCAGCGCCAGACAGCCAACUUGUGCCCGUCCGUCUGGCCUGUCUUGGCACGGUCCGAUGUCUGGGGAUGAUGGAGUGAUGGCAGAUGACCUCCUUGCAGCAGCGGCAGACGCCUGGGCAUACAGUAGAUACUGAGACACUACCAGCACUACUCAACACUUACCCAACGCACACCAUCUUCUGACGUCUCCCUCAUGCUGACUAUGCUUUCCUGACCUCUCCCUUCUCACCCCCCCCCCCUCUCUCUCUCUCUCUCUCUCUCUCUCUCUCUCUCUCUCUCUCUCUCUCUCUCUCUCUCUCUCUCUCUCUCUCUCUCUCGCUCUAUCCCCACCUCUGAUCAGUCCACACACAGAUAUUUCUCUUUUGGACUGUCCGUGCAUCUGCAUCAGUGGCAGAACAUUCAUGCCAGCACAAGGACUCUGUCUAAUCAUGUCCACUUGACCGUCUAGGAGUGAGGUUUUCUGUCAUGGCCCAUGGUGGGCCAAGCAACAGCAAGGCAUGCUGGUCUUCGUAGUCUCAAUUUCAGAGACUUACCUAUGCGUGUGAGGGUGUGAGCCCAGAUGUGUGCCUGUGUUAUUUUAAGGGUAGAUCAAGUCUCAGAAUAUCCUGAAUGCUGAGGGAAUGCUCAAAUCCCAUACUUCCUUUUAAUUGGAUGGGCGAGAAAGUAAAGCAAAUCCAUAUACUUUCUUUUUUAAAACGUGGUGGGGGAAAGAAAACAAGAAACAAAGUGCCGGUUUACAAAACGAAAAAGAACGCAACUUUUUACGAAUCUUAAUCUUCCAAGCAUCAGGCCUCCUCUGUCACUAAGUUUAUUACGUCGAGUACGCACAAAGCGGCCACCCCAUAGCGACGGGUCGGCCACAAAUCCACGUCUUUGUUGACAGAGAGAAACAAAGUGUGAUUUUGGGGAGGGGGGAGGGUACAUUUGACCCGUGAAUUUAUCUGUUUGUAUUUUAUCUGUUCGCUCCAAGCAUAUUGAUCAUAUUAAAAAUAAAUAAAUAAAUAAAUGAAAACCUCAAACACGCACAGUGCACCUGCAUCCACCUGAUUAGCUGGGAUGAGCAGAAGGAGAUAUUGCUAGUGGCGCUCUAGUCUCUGGAACCAACUGGGACAAAAAUGGCGCCUCAAAAUCCACGCCUCUGCCACUCAGCCGAGGCAGGGGGGUCAUAGUUCGAUAGAUAAAUAUUAUUUAUAAUGUUGUGGUGGCGGAGGAGCGAGAGUGUUGGAGGGUGGGGGUGAUUGACUCUGAACGCUUGGGUGUAUGCAGGAAGCUCAGCUUCAGCUGAGUUGUAAAGGAUACAUUGUUCUUCGAUUCACAAAACUUCCUGAGAAAAAUGUGUUGUCCUUCUAAGCCAAACGUCCUAGUACCUGGUCAGUCCAUUGUCAAACAAAAAAAAUCUGUUUUGUUUUUCUUUGCCAGGCAGAUGGUGGGAGAUAUAUCUGUAUUAUGACCAUGUGUUUGUGUCGGACUUGAGCCAGGGGGGGGGGCAACAUGCAGUGUUUUGAUGGGCUCGCAAAAACAAAUUAACUAAUCUUUUAUCAUCUGGAGUCUUGUUUGUCUGACGACCCAGUGGGACACCUAACAUUUUUGCCUUACAUCACACUUGCAUUCUGCCACUUUGGCGCAGUGCAGCAACAUCCCUCAACCUUUUUUCUGUUCCGUUUUUGCAUUCCUUUUGCUGGAGUUAAUCAUUCUGGUGUAAUUUUACUUCCAGUCGCCAUCUUGUGGCCAAAUCAGUGUGUACAGAACAUUGAAGGAAAAAAAAAUGAGAAACAGAAAUAAAAAAUAAACAAUUGUCCAGUAAACUGCUCUGUUGUAUUUAAAUCAUUUGUGUAAAGUAGUAAAGAAGAGAUUGUUUUGUUUGUUUUUGUUGUUUUCUCUUUUUUAAAAAACCCCACAAAUAUCUCUCAUUUUUCUGCUUGCAUAUUUAAGUUAUCAAUUUUCAUUAAUAAAAGCUAUUUUUUCACCAUGUC